CCCGGGAUGCUAGCCCCCAGCGUACCUUGGGCUGUGGCCACCGGUGGUCCCCCCAGCGUGGUCGGCCGCCCAGGUGCCGGUCGGGGGUGGUGGAAGGCCACGGGGCCUGCCUGCAUCGAUGCUUUGGUGGAUGCCAGCUCCUAUGUAUGGUCGGGACCAACCUCUAUACCUGUCAACAGCCCUUCUGUCCAUCUCUUUCAUCCAUCUACCUGUAGGUAAUCUAGUAUGUACAUGGAGGUU